UCCGGUUUCCUAUUUCCGUACACAAAAGCUCCGCUGAUGACGUGUAAACUCCUGUAACGUUAGCUACCAAGCUAACUGAGCUGCUUGUCACAAUUAAAACUAUUAUAACAAAAUUACGCGAUAAAGUAAAGGGAGGGCGAAGCGUUUCUUAGAUCGGGAAAAAUGGAGACGCUUUACCACCAGACCAACAAGCAAAUCCAGGAGGUUCAGUCUCUAAUGGGAAAUCUGGAAAAGACAGACCGCCAGUCAGUUCACUUGUUAGAAAACGAACUGCAAGCUAGAAUCGACCAGAUCUUCAAUCAUUUAGAACGCCUUGAGAUCCUGGCCAGCAAGGAACCGCCAAACCGCCGCCAGAAUGCCAAAUUACGAGUGGACCAGCUCAAGUAUGAUGUCCAGCACCUGCGGAGUGCCCUGCAAAAUUUCCAGCACAGACGCUAUGCCAGAGAGGCCCAGGAGAGAGAGAGGGAGGAACUCAUGAGCCGCACAUUCACGACAAAUGACGCAGAUACCUCCAUCCCCAUAGAUGAGACCCUACAGUUUAACUCCAACUUGCACAACGCACACAGAGGCAUGGAUGACCUCCUGGGCAGUGGCAGCAGCAUCCUUAAUGGUCUCAGAGAUCAGAGAUCUACGCUGAAGGGAACUCAUAAGAAGAUGCUGGAUGUGGCUAACAUGUUGGGGCUGUCAAACACAGUGAUGAGACUUAUAGAAAGGCGAGCCACCCAAGAUAAGUUCAUCAUGAUUGGAGGCAUGCUGCUGACCUGCGUCUUCAUGUUCCUGGUAAUCAGAUACCUGGGCUGACCUCCAACUAUCCACAAGGGCGGCUUUUUGAUCAGUCGUGGACAUUUCUGCAGCACAUCGUCCCUAAUGAUAUGAAUUUCUAACAUUAAAACAAACUUCAUAAGCUGUUCCCUUAUAUUUAGUUUUCUUUUAAUGGCUUUCCAUCAUGUUUAUUGAUAAAAUGGUGAAGUUGCAAAGACCUUAAACUAUGGACAGUAUUUUCAAACCAUGUGAAGCUCAGUGUGCCGCUUUCCAUUUUUACCAAAACCACUUUGAAACUGUAAAUUUCUCCUGUGACUUUACACAGAUGGUUUCUUAUAAAUACUUAACUGUUCCUCACGUUGCCAUCAGUGUUAGUGUUCUUCCGCCUUGAUAAACAUGGUUUAUAAAGAAAUAGCAGUACGGAAA